AUGGCCUUUCCUCCCUUGGGCGCCCUUCCGGGCGCCCCCGGCGCCCUACCGGGCUUCCCUCCGCUGCCUGGGCUGGGCGCUCCAACGGGCGCGCCAGGUCUGCCGGCGGUGAACCCCUUGCUCGCUCAGCAGCAACAGCAGCAAUAUCUGCAGUACCUCCUGAUGGCGCAGCAAGGUGCCGCCGCAGCAGCUGCCGCCGCGACAGCGCCGGCGGCCCCGACCGUGCCGGCGGCCGCGCCGGCCGCGCCGGCGAGUGUGGACGCCUCGGCUGCGCUGCAGCAGCAACUCCUGCAGCAGCUGACCAAUGCGGCAGCUGUGGAGCCAGAGCACAAGGAGAGGCAACCUGCAAAGGUCAAUGGGCAGCCGAAAGUGCAGUCCAAGAAGAAGAAGAGCAGCUCCAGUGGAUCGAGGUCGCGCAGUGGAAGCGGAAAGCGCAGCCCGAGUCGAAAACGGAGCAAUAGCCGAAAGAAGAGGAGACGCAGCUCCAGCUCCAGUCGAAGUCGCAGCCGCAGCCGCAGCCGCAGCCGUUCGCGGCGCAAAGGAGGCCGCCACCGCAGCCCCUCGCGCCGGCGGAACCGCAGCCCCUCGCGCCGGCGCUCGCCGCGGCCCCGCGGGGGCGGUGGUGGCUUCGGGGGAGGUGGCUUUGGAGGAGGCGGUGGCGCUGGCGGUGGCCCUCGCUUUGGCGGAGGCGGUGGUGAGCAAUGCGGCGACUUCAAGCGGGGCAGAUGUACCCGCGGCGCGGCGUGCCGCUUCUCGCACGGAGAUGAUGGAGGAGGUGGCGGCCCCCCCUUGGCUGACUUCAAGGCGCCCGGCGGCCCGGCGCCGGCGAGCCUCGCCGCGCUGAAGCCGCCGCCCAGCAUGGCGGAGCUGAACGCGGAUCCCAAUGCGCACAACAGCCAUCAGACCGUCCAAGACCAAGAGAUCAAGAUGAUCGACGCGCGAGGGCAGAUGCUGUCGCAGUACCCGCGCUACUCCACCUUCCAAGAGGCUCCCUUUUGCGCGUCCAUUCAAGCGGACCUGCAGAAGGCUGGCUUCCCAGCACCCUCGCAGAUUCAGCAGUACGCGUGGCCACUGGCCAUGCAGGGCUACGACGUCAUCGGGGUGGCAGCCACCGGAAGUGGGAAGACCUUGGCCUUCCUGCUGCCAGCCUUCCAUUUUCUCCUCCAACAGGGAAUUCGUGCGGGCGAUCCCCACUUCCUGGUCAUGGCCCCCACGCGUGAGCUGGCGGUGCAGAUCGAGGAAGAAGCGGUGAAGUUCGGCAGGGCCAGCGGCAUCAAGACUUGCUGCUGCUAUGGCGGAGCCUCCAAGGGUCCGCAGGCGAUGCACCUGCGCGAUGGCGUUCAUGGGGUGAUUGGAACUCCAGGAAGAAUCAAUGACUUCCUUGAGGGCAAUCAGGUCCGCCUCCAAGAUGUGUGCAAGCUCGUGCUCGAUGAGGCGGAUCGGAUGUUGGACAUGGGUUUCGAGCCGCAGAUCCGGAAGAUCUUGGUGAAGAUCACGAAUCCCAACCGCCACACGAUGUUCUUCACCGCCACGUGGCCCACGAGCAUCCGGCGCUUGGCCUCCGAGUUCCUGCGGAAUCCGAUCCAGAUUCAGAUUGGCAACCGUGAUGAGCUGAAGGGCAACCAGGAUAUCGUACAGAUUAUCUCUCCUUGCACCUUCGGCAACAAGAACCAGGUCUUGCUGCAGGUCCUGAGCCAAUCAGGCGUGGGCGACCGGAACAACAGCGCGGCCAAAGCCAUCAUCUUUUGCUCCACAAAGAGGAUGUGCGACCAACUGCAGAGGGAUCUGCAGCGCGCCGGCGUGCCGUGCGCGGCCAUCCAUGGAGACAAAGGGCAACGGGAGCGUGAACACGCCCUGGGGGAGUUGAAGAGCGGCGCCAUGAAGCUCAUCGUGGCCACCGACGUGGCGGCCCGAGGCAUCGACGUGAAAGGCGUGACUCUGGUGGUGAACUAUGACGCUCCAGGCAAUACCGAGGACUAUGUGCAUCGAAUUGGCCGAACAGGCCGUGCGGGCCAGAAAGGCUAUGCCGUGUCGUUGAUCACGGACAAAGAUGCUCACGCCUUGCGGGGCAUCAUCGAGGUGAUGAGACGAACGAAUCAGGAAGUCACACCAGAGGUGGAGGCGAUGGCCCGCUCGGCCGGGCCUGCGCCGCCCUCGGGCCGCGCACUCCGCGGGAAGGGCGCGAGAGACGCGCUCCCAGAGCAGGUUAAGCUCCACAUGUUGGAGACGAACUUGUUCUACAGCUGCUGGCUUCGGCAAGCCGCCAGCAUGUUGGAGUCGGUAUUUUUCAGCCCGCGGUCCUAUGACCGGCGGUCUAUGCGGUGGAGACCGCGAGUCAAGCUCUUAACUGCUAAUGCAAGCGCUUUGCUGGUACAGCGGCAGGCGCCCAGACUCUCUGGGUACACUCGAGAUGAGCUGCGAAUCGCAGAGUUAGAAAGCCAUGGGCAGCUCAGCCAGGCGGCGCGGGCUGUUUGCCCAGCACGGCUCGUGCGCCAUGCGCGGUAUGCCAGCGAGGACACACGGCCGCGCACGCGAGCCCAGCGAGCUCGAGCCGAGCCAGAGCGAGCAGAGGUCGGUCAGGCGCGUCUCUGGGACUUGAUGGAGAAGAAUGCGCAGAUCUUUCAUCCCAAGAUGCUGCCGAAGAUCCUGGUGCCAGCUGCUGCACUGAGUCCGAGCGAACAGCAAGAUGUUCGUUUGGUUCAGCUCUUGCAGCGGGCGAUGAAGUACUUGGAGCGCGAUGGUCCUCUGGUUCCGGUCGUCGGUGCCAAAGGGGCCUGCUCCAUCGUCAAGGCCUCCCGUCAGUUGCACACCCCAGAGGCACGCAGCUUCUCCUUGAAAUGGCUGGGCGUGAUGUGCGCUCAGGCGCCGUCGUUGGACGCUUCGUUGCUGGCCGAGCUGGCGCAGGAGCUCUUGCGGUUCAAGAUCUUGGAUGAGGAGAUUUGGGAGGCCUUGGCGCGGACCGUGUGCGAGCGGUGCGACGGGCUGGGUGCGGCGGAGGUGGUCCCGCUGUUGGACGCUUUCAAGCGCUCCUACACCUCGUCGAAGGUGGACCGUGCCAUCGUAGCCCUCUGUCAGAGAGCCACGGACUGUUGCGAGGAGUUUUCGCAGCGGCAGUGUGUGGUCGCCGUGGCCUCGCUGUGCCGCCUCUCCCGGGCCGUGCCAGCCACACUUCUGGACCAGGUGAUUCAUCGCUUGCUGGAGACCUGGCUGGCACGAGUGGACGCCUUCUCACGCCAGACCAACGUGAACCAGGUCAUCUCCCUGGCGAUCUCCCUCACAGCCUUGCCCACCAACUCCCCGGUGAGGGCUCGGCAGCUCGCGGGCGCACGGGGCGCGCUGCCGACGGGAAGCGUGGAGAUCUUCCAACAUCGCCUGGCAGGAUGGGCGCACGACUGUGGCGCGCCCGGCGUGGGCGUCCUGUCGCCGGAGGAGCUGAUCCUGGUGCUGUGGGCUCUGAAGGAUCUCACACCCACCGGGCUCUCGGAAUACCAGGAGUUGGUCGGCACCUGCCUUUUGCGAAUCCAAUCGGACACCAACUUUGAGGGAUGGAGCCUGGCAAGGCAAGUGCAGGCCUUGGAGGUACUGCUGGCCUCGAAGCACGCGCGAGUUGCAGGCAGCUCAGCAGACGAGGUGCCGAGCGAGGCCCUGGCGAAGGAGAUCGAAGCGCGCCUGGUCGCCACCAUGACGCAACAGCUGGCCGAGGCCCCGUGUCGCUUGGUGGGCAAGGUGUUGGUCAUCGGGGAACAGGGGGGCCAGGAGUUUUGGCCACGCUGCUGGGGGCCACGGUGUGCUCCGCCGCGCGGUGGAUUUGGCCCAUGA